AUGGAGUACCAGCGCUUGUUCGAGUCGCACAACGCGGGGGCGGCACCGGCUGCUGCUCCUGCCGAGCCUGCUGCUGCUACCCCGCUGGACACCCGGCCCGCAUCACCGGCCAAAGAGCCACCGAACGGGACAAGUGCGGAGGCUGCAAGCGACAUCGCCAUUGUGCCACCAGGAGAAGUGGUGCCAGAACAACCAGCAGCACAAGCACCAGCACCAGCACCAGAGGCGGCACCACCAGCACCAGAAGCACCACCAGUACCAGCAGCGGAAUCGGCACCACCCCCAGCGGCCGAACCAGCACCGCCGCCAAAGGCAGCAGUAGUGUACCCGCCCAACGUGGUGCCUAAUCCUGCCGCCGCGCUCGGCGGCCCACCACGCAUCGACCCCGUCCUCGGCGAGCUGCAGCGCCCUGCCAUGGUCCCCGUCGAGCUGGAUGAGCGUGUGGACCGCGCGAGCGUCUGGAUGAAGACUGUCCCAGGCACAGGCGAAGCCGUCUACUUCAUCCCGAGGUCUUGCCAGGAGUGCACCAAGCUCGCGCAGCACUGCGACCGCGCGGUGCCGACGUGCGGGCGCUGCGCAAAGGGCUCCGUGUCGUGCACCCAGGGCGGGCUGUGUCACUUUGUGCCGCCCCCGCCGCUCCCCGUGAACGGUGGUGCCGCCAACGGCCCCGUUGGCGCCAGCACCAGCAAUGGUGAUACCGAGAAGCGGUUCACGACGGCAGAAAAGGCCAAGGGACGACCAGUGGAUGAUGGCUCCGACGCGAGCGAUACCGACGGCGAGGAUGCGGGCCGCGGCAAGCGCGUGCGCAAGAAGCGCCGUCUGUCCGCCACGGACGAGGUCGACCCGAACCUGUUAAACUUGGAUGGCAGCCUCAGAAAACCCAGGACCAAGGGACCGAGAAUACCUGGUCUCCCGGGGCCGGGGGCGGGCGCGAACCGGCCAGAUGAUGUGCGAGUGACCGAGGACGACGUGCGGUAUCGCACCGCGGUGGAAGCCAACGACCAGCGGCCAGAUCUGAGCUCGAUGCGCGGUUUCUGCCCCGUGUGGGCUAACCGCCGGCGAGAGCUCUUCGCAGCAGCAGAGUACCUCCGCGCGCCAGUACCCACUGCUGGGGCGAGCGUGGACAUUGGACCGAGCGGUGUCGCGCGCGGCGUCAUCCUCGAGGGGCCGAGUUCGCACAAGACGUUCUGGGGCGAGGGAGAGCAGGCCGGCACGAUCGUGACAUACAUUGGCAAGCCGCGGGUCCGUGCACCUGAUCGGGGAACUGCGCCGGCGGUAACUCCACACCAGUCUAUCACCAUCGCCGACGACUACAACCAGGCGUUGGUACGCGGUGCGGACGCGGUGAACGGGGCCAAUGGGGCCAGUGAGCCGGCUGCCCCUGUACAGGAGUCGGAGCCGGUCGAGGCGCUGCUCAUGGCUCAGCGCGCCAAGACGCCAGUAGUGGUCGCCGUGGCACACGACUACGAGAGCGUAGUGUUCAAAGUGCCACGGCCCGUUGUGGUGCUCGGCUGGUUCUGGGUCGUAGACGCGUGGACCGAGCCCUCGGAAUCCGCUCCGUCGUCGGUCGCAUGGAAGUUUCGCUUCGAAUGGUGUACUGGCACACAACGGACGCCAUGGUGGAGCGCGAAGAACGACCCGGAGAGGAUACCGACGCCGUCGGUGGCAGGGAACGAGGUGGCCGCCUGGCCUGUACGAGGCCCUGGCGUAUCGGGCCCGUCGACGCUGCUCGGCGCCAAGGAGGCACGAGCAGUGCGCGAGGUCGCCGAGGACGAUCAGGAACUAGCCGCCGACCCAGCACCUUACCACUGCCCCACCUGCAGCCUCUACUCUGACCGCGUGUACGAGUCGACUCCCCUGUGCCUUAACGAACGCUGCACCGACUUCUUCGUCAACUCGGACGCUCCAGAACGCACGAGUGGCCCAGCGUCGAACGAGCCAUCAAGAGCACGCGCAGAGGAGCGUAUACUCCCCGAAUCACUAGGCCUGAGCCUCACCCCACCAGAUCCACAAACAGCACUCAGCGAGCUGCGGCGGCACGACGCGGGUCGCGACUUCUGGCGCGCAUGGGUGUGCAAGCGGUGCCGACGGGCAAACGAACGCCGAGACUGGUUUGGCUUUGUGUGCGAAGCCUGCGCCUUUAUUGAGGUUCCGGCACGGAAGAUCUACACGGUCGACGCGCUUCGCCCGCCAUCACGGCCGGUCUGUACUGGACCCCGCCCGGACGAGGGGUACGCGCAGUGGCCGUUCGCGGCGACGCGCACGGUCAACGUGUGUGAGGACGACGUGCAGGUGAUUGCGCACGGGCUGGACGCGGGCUUUGGGUCGGAUGCGGUGCUAUCCCACGCUCUCGCUCACGACGGCAAGGGCGUGAACGUUGUCGCCGACGCCGUCCUCAAGGGGCUCCAGCUGCAAGGCGAGGGCGAGGUCAAGCUCCGCCGGCAGCUCCUCUCGGCCUUCUCGAGUCGCCCCGCCGAACAGGCCCUCUCGCCAUUCUACACCCUCCUGUGCGGACCCGAGGCCGUGCCCUAUAUUGCGCACUUUGUAUCUGGACCGUCUGUGCCCUGGGACGCGAGCGCAAAGGUGUGCCUGGACGCCAUGGAGCUCGUGAACGAACGCGCUGGCCGGAUGCUGCGGGGAGUUGAGUUCAACUCGCUGCUUGUUUCGGCUGUGCCACCCGUGACGCCUGCGUCCGUGCAUCCAACUAUUCCUGUCGCCGCCGAUACCUGCGUCGCAAUUCUAAUUCUCGGCUCUGACGCCACCAUCCGCCUGCGCCGGCCGCGGACACGCUACGGCGAGGUGACAGCGCAGCACGGAGACGUUGUGUCACUGCAGACAGGCGCCGAAGCUGUGGACGUCGAGGUGCGCACCGACGGGUUCGGGUUCGUCUGUGUCGCGCGCCGCGCGUACGCAAGUGCCGAGGGUGGUGACACCGGCCUCCCACUUCAGCCAACGCAGCCACCAGUGCACGCCCUUGCGCAGUGGUACGUCGGCCCGCUGCCACUCGACCCCUCCCAGCCGCUUAGACCGCACGCCGCGCAGCGCCAGCAGCCAAACUAUGGUGACGAGGACGAGCCAGUAGACCCGGAACGCCUGUUUGCAAGCGAGAGGUACACGGGGCUGGAGAUUGAUGAUCCUGCGCCACCUCCCCCGAAGGAGCUCAAGCCGCCGGCGUCGGCCCCGCUCCCGAAGAUUGGCGGAGCCGGCAAGCUAGCCAAGACUCGCGUCAGCGCCGUCAAGGAGGAGCCGACCCCUGGUCGCGGACGCGGUCGAGGACGCGGGAGGGGUGGAGGACGCGGCCGGGGCCGGGGCGCCGCAAAAGUCGCUGUCGCUGUUAGUUCCGAAUCGUCGCCCGUGUCGGCGGAGUCGCCGGUCACGGUCGCGGCACCUGGCCGUGGCCGUGGACGCGGACGAGGACGGGGACGUGGCGGUGGCCGUGGACGCGGCCGCGGGCGUGCGCCGACGCACGAGAGCGCGACGCCAAGCACGCCGGGGUACGUUGAGGCAUAUGCGCCUGACAUGUCCAUUAUCGCGGACGUCAAGGGAGAGGAGGCCGAGGUGCCAGAGGUGCCGGAGGUGACCGUCACCGCCGCUGCGGCGGCGGACACGGACGUCAUCAUGGGUGAGAGCUAG